CUCGCCUUCGGGCUGGAGACGACCCAAGAUGGCAGCGCCCUGCGGGUUCGAGCCGUGGCUGGAGGGGCGGCUGGAGGCGCUGGGGCUGGACGGGGACGUGUACGGGGGAUACGUGCGAGGCCUGCUGCGGGAGGCGGAGAACGACGCAGAGCGGCUGGAAGGGCUAGAGGCGGCGUUGGCGGCGGGGGAGCUGGAUGAAGAUGUGCUGCAAGAAGUUUGCAGGGAAAUAGUACAAAGGUGGUCAGAGGCCCAGGAUGUUGGAACCAAAGAGAAGAAAGAAGAUGAGAUCCAAGCAAUUGCUAGCAUGAUUGAGAAGCAAGCACAGAUUGUGGUGAAGCCCAAGGAGGUCUCGAAGGAGGAGACGCUCCGGAAAGCUGCCCUUCUAGCCCAGUAUGCUGAAGUGACUGAUGAAGAAGAAUAUCCUUUCUGUGUUAUUAGUUAUUGGAUGUCCUUAACUCAUCCCACCGAGGCUGACGGUCAAGAUGGAUCUGGAGCAGCAGCAGCAGCAGCAGCAGUAAUGACCAUCAACUCUGAACAAUCCUUGUUCAGAAACACCAACCUUGUAGAUGUGGUGAAUGCCCGGAAGCUGGAGAGAGACCAUUUGCGGGACGAGUCACAGCGGAAGAAGGAGCAAGACAAGCUCCAGAGGGAGAAGGACAAGUUGGCCAAGCAGGAGCGCAAGGAGAAGGAGAAGAAGAGGACACAGAAAGGGGAGAGGAAGCGGUAGCUGGGCAGAGCUGCCGGAGACCUCUCUGCACCUGCUGGACAGCCCCUCCCCUUGCUCCUCUCAUUGAGUCUACAGAGCAGCAUGGGCCAGAGGCUGCCACAUCACACGUUCUCCACUCACCUCUUCCCAGCCCAGCGCAAGGAACUCACUUUCACACUUGGCUGUGGGAUUAUAAAGCAGCAGGUGACUCUCAAGGUCGUGGCCACGUCUGUAACCAAAGAAUUAUAUGGUGGCUACAUCUCCCCUCCUCCUUUUCUAUUUUUAUUAGCUGCUGCAGGGGAAAGCAUAAAGGUGAGGGGAAGCUUGAAGUGUUCCCUCUGGACAGCAGCUGCUUUGGAGCCUUGAAGAAAACCCCAUUUUCGGUGUGCAAAAGCCAGGGAGACAUUUUGAAGUUGACUUCAGAGCCAGGGACACCCCACUUGCUCCUCGGCAGCCAAAAAAGCACCCCAGACUUCUCUUCUUGUGGGGAUGGGGCAAGUAAAUUGAGCGAUUGAUGUCCACCAGCCUCAGAUACUGAUGUCUAAGUAAAGUUCUGUGAAUUUAGGGAA